AUGAACACAUUCCAUCCUUACCGCCAGUACAUGAGCAACGCCCCUCUGCCAAAAUCGACCGCGCGCAGUACAAAGAAGGACAUCAACAACGACGACAGUGACGACAGUGUUCGGGGCGUCAACUUGUCUGGCUCGAGCAUCUCCAACUGCGGCUCGAUCCAGAGCGGUGUGAGCACGUCGUCGAGCUAA